AAUGUGGCAGUGUCUCCUCUUUGAGUGUUACUUUGCCAGUGCUUAUAUACAACCGACCUGUCAGUUUUUUCAAUGUUUCAUUUUCGAAUCGUCUCAUUUACAAACCGAGAAUAUCCUAAAAAUAAAUGUUCCAUAUAUUAUAACUUUUGGUUAAUAGGACACAACUUAUUGUUAUACAUCUUAUUGGCUCUAUAUAAUUAUAAAGUACAGUAAUUGACAUAAAUCUAUACUGUUAUUGACCAGUAGCGAGAUAUUUAUGUGCAAAGAUGGACAUGAAGAUUGCUUUAACUUCUAUUGUAAAGUCCUUUCUAGAGCCACUUUCUUAUAUUUAUGAAGACGAAGAUGAGAGCAUUUUGGAAUUUCUGAUGGAACAAAUAAACACUGCUCCUACAGUAAAAAAUCACGGUCGACGCAUUUCUCAAAUCGACGAUUAUGUCGAGCAUAUAGUACCAUCGCUUAGCAGUUCACAAUUCCAAUAUCAUUUUCGAAUGCUACCUGCAACGUUUGAGUUUCUUUUGAAUGAAAUUGGAAAGAAGCUAAGCCGCAGCAUCCAUGGAAACGAAAUGGUACCUGCGGAUAAACAACUUCUGUUAAGUUUAUGGCGUUUUGCAACCCCAGAUUCAUACAGCUCGAUAAAUCAACGAUUUAAUGUAGGUCAAGCUACAGCUAUAAGAUCUGUGCGCCGUGUAAGCAAAGCAAUAUGCGCACUCCUACCAAAAUAUGUAGUAUGGCCUACAGGGAAUAAAGUACCGGAAGUUGUGCUUGGUUUUUCUCAGAUAAGUGGUUUUCCUGAUGUUAUUGGAGUUAUAGAUUGUACUUAUAUUAAUAUUCCCGCACCUAAGGAAAAUGCAAAGAAUUUUGUAAAUGGGAAGGGUUGUCAUUUGAUUCAUCUUCAGGCUGUUUGUGAUCAUAUGGGAUACUUUACAAAUCUCUACGUCGGAAAUAUAGGUUCAGUGUGCGAUGAGCGUGCUUUUUCUUUGUCUCCUCUUCAAGAAUAUGUCAAUGAUCCAGAUAAGUUUCCAAAUAAUACACAUUUAAUUGGAGAUACAGACUACAGACUACAUCGAUAUCUUUUGACUCCGUAUUUUCACAAAGGACUGCUGACGGAACAUGAGAAAAAUUACAAUUCUUGCCACUCUGCUAGUAGGAUGAUAAUCAGGAAAACACUCGCCCAUCUAAAAUAUCGCUGGAAAAGUCUUCAACAAAUUCUAGCAAUAACUCAGAUGGAUUAUGUAUCUUGUCAUAUAUUAGCAUGUUGUGUACUACACAAUAUUUGUUUACUAAAGGAAGAUGAAUUGGAAGAGCUGAAGGAUGUGAAAUUAGCAUUUGAUGAAGAUAUUAUUGUAGGAAAAACAGAUCUAUCGAGUGAGAAAAUUCACUACAAUGACAAAAAAGUUGCAGAAGCUAAAAGAGAUUUAAUAUGUUCUUCUUUGUUGUACGAAUAAAUCAUAAAAAGUAAUUUUUAUGACUUUCACGUAGAGACUAUGCUAGAGAAAUAUCUGUAAAUCUGUGUAUUUAUAUGACUGAUAUUUAAGUAAUUAUAAGACUUAUAUGUACAAUAUUUUAUUAAAAUGAAGCAAAUAUUUGUAACAUCUAUAUGAAUAGUUCAAACUGUAUAAAAUG